GAGAAACGUUAAGAGAGAGAGAUAUUAAAUGAGAAAAUAUAUAAACGUUCUUGUUGGACCAAAACGAUGUCGCUUUGAUCAUUUUAAUUUAUAAUUUAUAAUUUAUAAACUCACAUGCAUUUGUGUAGGCCAUGUAGGAGUAGGACACGUUGUGCGCAUUUUAGUUUCAUGAUAAACUGUUUAUGCCAACAAUGCAUAUUGAUUAUUGUGAUGUAUAAGUAAAUAAACAUAUACUACAUCAUAUGAAUUGUGUAUGCCAACAACGUAUAUUGAUUCCUACAUUACAUUGCUUACACUAAUUAAGUAAUUAGCAUAUUUUACAACCGUUAAUGGCAAAUUUCGUCAAAAAAAAAUUGUUAUAGAGGACAGUAAAUUAUAAAUUUAUAAGGUACGAUCAGCCCUAAAAGAAAUUUGAGUUCGUAUGAAAUGUAGUUUGUAGGUUACAUGAAUUAUUGCAUGUAACAGAUUUUCUUUCAAGAAAGUUGUUAUAGACAUAACGAGUGGUCCAUGGUGAAAUAAAUAUUGUAUAAAUAAAAUAAAAACAGAAAGUGAAUAAAUUAUAGAAAAACAGAAAAAGGUAAAUUGGAAAAAGCCUUCUUCCUGCGAGUACACAAGUACCUUGACUUGGCAAGUUUCCAUUAUUUUGUUUCCUCAAAAAGGAAAGUGGAAAGAAGAAGAACUUGGUAAAUAACCUUGAGUGGCUCUGCUCUCUCUUUAAUGGUGGAGACUGGAGAAAAUAUUUAGGAGACUUUUUCUUUGUUAUUCAUCACAACAUUUGCGAAUAAUGUCACGGCGUAUCAUCCGUCUCUCCAAGCUCUCUUCUCGGAACAACAAUGUUUUCAUCCAAAAGUGCGUUCGUUUUUUCUCCACCGGCCCGUACUUGACACUCGGUUGCAACACUGGAGAUGUCCUCUUGUUUGACCCGGCAAAAGAACAGAUAGUGUCUCUCCGGGGCAAAACAAUACCCAAAGAGCUCAAGGACGAAGAAAUGAUUGGAGCUUCCCAUGGAUGGGGUUUUUUCUAUGACCGGCGUGAUCUAUCCGUACGUGUCAGCGACAUAUUCAAUCCUCUGGCAUCCAAAUCAAGCCCCACCGUGAUUCAUCUGCCUCGGCUUACUGAUCUUCCCAGUGAACAAAUCGAACAAGUAUGUAACGUAGCAAUGUCGUCCCCGUCUCCUCUUGGUGAUGAAGACUGUGUAGUGGCUAUCAAGUUUUCAGGUGACCAGUUGAGUCUAUGCAGGCCCGGUCGUGACCUUGAGUGGACUAACACCUCAACCCCUUCCCACUGCUGUGAAAACUCAAAUGUCAUGUAUUCAAAAAGAUACAAGAGAUUCUACUUAUCUGCUCCUGGAGGCAUUCACUUUUUCUCCUAUCAUCUAAAUGAUGAAAACAUUGAGCACCAUAAGUUGGUCUACCGCGACCAUCCAGAGCUGGAUCAGUCUGAGUGGAUGACUUUGAGUAUGUGUUCAAGGAGGGAAUACCUUGUGGAGUCAUCCUCUAGUGAUGAACGUUACCUAGUCAAAUGGUACGCUCAUGGCUCCUACUCAUCGGUGUUAAAUGGAAUUGAUUACAAAACAAAGAGGUUCAUGGUGUUUCGUGAGGAGGAGACGGCUGAAGGAAAAUUAAUGUGUUACACAGAGGAUAUUGGAGAAAUGUGCAUUUUCAUUGCAAGUAACGAGACUUUCUGUAUCCCGGCUAGCUCAUGCCCCGGUCUGAAACCUAGCACCAUCUAUUUUAUGGGACAUGGCUUUGGUUCUUACGAUCUCACCACCGGAGACACACAUCAUUACAAAGCUCCCGGUGGUGUUAUCACCACACCUUGCUGGAUUCCUCUAGUUUCUAUCUAGUCAUACUAUUGUUGUCGCUUUUAUCUUCUCUUAACCGGUUUGGACUGCUAAGAUUUAAAACAUGGUUUUUUCAUGAUUCAGUUCGAUUUUUAAGUGAAACCA